AUGUCAAUAGAAGAAGGAAAAAUUUCUCAAUCAUAUGAACUAAAAGUUUAUCAUAAAACUUGUUCUUUUGACGCUGCCCAUAUUCUCGCAGGCCAAAAUUGACAAGAAGAACUUCAUGGGCAUGGCUACACUAUUGCAGUAACAAUAAAAUCAAAAAGACUAGGAGCGGAUGGUUUUGUGGUCGAUUUUUCAGUUGUGAAAAGAGAGCUCAAAAACUUAUGCCAAAACUUCCACAAUAAAGUUUUGGUUGCGUCAAAAUCUACGAUUUUGCCUGUUAUUGACCUUGAGGACCACAUUAGAAUUAAUGCACUUCAUAACACAUUUUAUGAGCUCCCGAAAAGAGUGUGCACCUUAUUGCCUAUAUAUAAUACCUCUACAGAAGAACUUGCCAAAUACAUAGCUGAUACAAUUUGGGAAGUUCUAGAGCCUUCCAUUAAAGAGAAGGGAAUUUUGGAAUUCGGAACUGUGGUAUCAGAGGUUUAUUGCCAGCAAGACGGAAAUUAUACGAUGAAAAUACAAGAUUAG